AUCUCUCCAAAAAUAUCUGAAGACUUAGCUCGGAAGGUACCGCACUCUGUCUAGAGCGCCUCCCCCACCAACACCCCCGUUCCGCGGGGCAGGGGGGCCGCGCUCCUCCGUCUCUCCAGCAUGUCAGAUGCCGACGCGCCACCGCCGCCGGACGAUCUAUCGUUUCUAGCCUCGCCGCCCCCGCCGCAGCAGCAGCCGCCUCCUCUGGCCGGACGCUCGUCUUCCCUGUACAAGCAGCGAUCGUGGUCGCCGGACGUGUGCCGCGAGGAGGCGUGGCUCCGCCGCAAAGGGAACAGCAAGAUCCGCCGCCCCCGGAGCAGGAGCGUCACGGACGACGACCUCGACGAGCUGAAGGCGUGCAUCGAGCUGGGCUUCGGGUUCGACUCGCCGGAGGCGGAUCUGCGCCUGUCGGACACCUUGCCGGCCCUGGAGCUCUACUACGCCGUCAAUAGGCAGUACAGCGACGGCGUCUCGAAGCCGGCGGCCACGCCUUCGCCGUCGUCGACCGUCCCCCAUAGCCACACUUCUCCUCGGAGCAAUAUAUUCAGUCGCGGCGAUGAUCCUCAGGUGGUGAAGACGAGGCUGAGGCAGUGGGCGCAGGUGGUGGCUUGCUCGGUGAGGCAGUCGACUUGCUGAGCCCCUGGGUGGGGAUAACCCUAACCGGGGUUAAGGAUUAGCUAACCCUCGAUUGGCGACCAAACAUGCUGUUCCCAACUUGGCAGUGGAAUGAUUCCUCCACCGACUUUUGUUUGGUUGGCAUUAUCAUUAGAAGAAUGCAAUGCAAGAAAAAGAACAUUGGGACUUUUUGGAGUGGGAAUUUUGACUUUUUCUCUUUCAAGUUAUGAUUUGAUUUGGGUUGGGUUGGGUUCGCAUAACCGUAUCUUGUGGCCUCCUAAUUAUGAUCUUAAUAGGCGUUUUAAAUA